CCGCGCCUUUGGGCUGAGCCCCCUUCUCUGUACCUUGGGUGUCCGACCCUCCUCAAGAGCCCACGGAUGCCCCACCUUUUCGUUCACGUCCCCUUCCCUCUGCUCCCCGCAGCCAUGAACCGCGGCGUGUGCCUGUGCUUGCUGAUGGCGGUCCUGACGGCGGGCGCCCUGGCGCAGCCGAUGCCUCACGCGGACCCCACGGGCCCUCGGGCGCAGCAGGAGGAGGAGGCACCCCGGAGGCAGCUGAGGGCGGUGCCGAGGGUGGACGACGAGUCCAGAGCACACCUGGGCGCGCUGCUGGCCAGGUACAUCCAGCAGGCUCGGAAAGCUCCUUCUGGCCGAAUGUCUGUGAUCAAGAACCUGCAGAGCCUGGACCCCACCCACAGGAUAAGUGACCGGGACUACAUGGGCUGGAUGGAUUUUGGCAGGCGCAGCGCUGAGGAGUUUGAAUACACCUCCUAGAAGACCUGACCUUCAGCAGUGUGAUAGGAAGCAACCUCCUGACUCAAAGGAGGCAGAAUAAGAAAACAAUCACACUCAUAACUUGCCUCUGAUGUCUGACAUUUAAAGUAUCUAUUUAUUAAGUUUUCAAUGUGAAGAAUAUGUCUGUAUCAUUGUCCAACACAACCUCACACCUUGGCAGAAAUGUACAAAAGGACGACAAAAUGUUUUCCUUAUCUGU